CCUUGGUGCAGAGGUGACGCUGCCUUUUGCUGCCUGGCUCCUGCCAGAUGCCUUUCCCUCGGGUGAUGCUCGCUCACACCCGUCGGCCAGGGCCAACGAGUGGGUCUCUUCUCGUCCAGCUCUCCGCAGCCCGCUGAGCAUGUCCAGCCCCUACACGUCCUCCUUCGGGAUGGUGCCUCACGCCACCCUCAACGGGGAGCUCCCAGCCCCCAGCAUGUACAUGGGCAUCCACCUCUCGCCGCAGGUCAGCAGCGCCGUCAUGUACGGACGGUCCCCGAUGGUGGCUUUUGAGUCGCACCCUCACCUGAGGGCUUCCACCAUCUCAUCGUCGCUCUCCACCAUCCCCGGAGGGAAACCUGCCUACUCCUUCCACGUCAGCACCGAUGGGCAGAUGCAACCGGUGCCUUUCCCACCCGACGCCCUCAUCGGCUCCGGCAUCCCCCGCCACGCGCGGCAGCUCCACACCCUGACCCAUGGCGAGGUGGUCUGCGCCGUCACCAUCAGCAGCUCCACACAGCACGUCUACACGGGGGGCAAGGGCUGUGUGAAGGUGUGGGACGUGGGGCAGCCGGGCACCAAGACGGCCGUGGCUCAGCUCGACUGCUUGAACCGCGACAACUACAUCCGCUCCUGCAAGCUGCUCCCCGACGGCCGCAGCCUGAUCGUCGGCGGGGAGGCCAGCACCCUUUCCAUCUGGGACCUGGCGGCCCCCACGCCCCGCAUCAAGGCUGAGCUCACCUCCUCUGCCCCCGCCUGCUACGCCCUGGCCACCAGCCCCGACGCCAAAGUCUGCUUCUCCUGCUGCAGCGACGGCAACAUCGUGGUGUGGGACCUGCAGAACCAGACCAUGGUGAGGCAGUUUCAAGGCCACACGGAUGGGGCCAGCUGCAUCGACAUCUCUAACUACGGCACUAAGCUGUGGACAGGGGGGCUGGACAACACGGUGCGGUGCUGGGACCUGCGGGAAGGGCGUCAGCUGCAGCAGCACGACUUCAGCUCCCAGAUCUUCUCCCUGGGGUACUGCCCGACGGGAGAGUGGCUGGCGGUGGGCAUGGAGAGCAGCAACGUGGAGAUCCUGCAUGUGACCAAACCCGAGAAGUACCAGCUGCACCUCCACGAGAGCUGUGUCCUCUCCCUCAAAUUUGCCUCCUGCGGGAAGUGGUUUGUGAGCACCGGUGACAACCGGCUGAACGCAUGGCGGACGCCCUAUGGAGCCAGCAUCUUCCAGUCUAAAGAGUCCUCGUCGGUGCUGAGCUGUGACAUCUCUGUUAACGACAAAUUCAUCGUUACGGGCUCCGGCGACAAGAAGGCCACAGUGUAUGAGGUGGUGUACUGA